AUGUCAACAAAUGUUAUCGAAGACAGGAAAAGGCUGAAAGAACUAAUCUCUGAGGCUUCUGAUCUCGAGAGAGAAUUAAAGAAGCAGGAACUGGAAAAAAGAAAAACAGAUAGCCCCGAAAAAUCAGCUGAAUUAGUCGAAGAGACUGAAUUUUUACGGAACAGCCUCAAGGACGUUUAUGAAGACAUUCUUUUAAGCGAUCUCAAGUUCGCCAACGAACAUAAUAUCGAAGAAAGACUUUGGAGAUACGUCUUUUAUAAUUAUAUUGAGGAAUUGAGACAAAAAUUGCGCCGGAUCGAUAAGAGUGAGAAAUCUGACGAAUAUCAAGUCAUUUACCUUGAAUUAUGCCGCUACCUAGACUUGGGAACUGGAUUUUACCAUACCAUCAUUAAUAGCUUAAAAAUUCGUGAAAAUAUAGAUUUGGAUCAAGUUGGAAUUGAAAUUUUUAAGAAUAUUGUCACCACUUCACCUCCUGCUCCACGUUCCGCUUCCAAAUUACGCAGGAAAGAGCUCACUGCUGAAUCUAUUCAACGAUGUCUCAUUCGUCUUGGUGAUUUUGCUCGAUAUCGUGAGACUCUAUUUGGGUCUGAUAUGAGACGUUGGGAAUUCUCUAAACAAUUUUACAUGAAAGCUGCAAGAGUCUACUGUGAAGAUGGAAAAGCCCAAGCUCAAUUGGCUCUUCUUUCUAUGCUUCGAGAUAAUGAUUUGGAUGUUGUCUAUUGGUAUUGUUUCAGUCUUGCAACCAAGCAGCCACCAGGCAUAUCUGCUGAUAAUUUAAAA